UUCGACAUAUAAAAGUCUUGUGUGCAAAUUUUCACUUCAUUGUUUGUUGCCAAUGGAAAAGGUGCGCGGGAUUGGUUUAUUUCGUAAAAAAUUUUAAUUAAUAUAAACAAAAUAAUAAAAUAUUAAUGCUAAUGAAAGAUACAGUAAAAUUAUGUUUUCCAUUAACAGAAAUAUUAUAGUGAUAAUGAUGUUAAAAACGCACAAAAAUGAAUGUUAAGAAAACAGAAAAUAAAUUCAAAGAAGACACAAAAAUUCGUAGAAUAAAGAUUUUGAAAAACAAAUGACGAUUUCGUGGACGAUAAAAAUUUAAAAAGCUUGAUAUGAUUAAUUUAUCAAUACAAAUGGCAACUAAGUAAAAUAAAAAUUAAUUGUACAGACUAUUUUGGACGAAAUCAAAAUUAGUGAAUAUAAACGGCACAAAGUUAUAUUUUCUAUUGGUAUUGUGUGAUUGUCGUGGUAAUUAAACUUUAUUUAUCCAAGCCCAAAUUGUUUAAACGAAUUUAUUUGUAAUAUAUCGGCUUGCUUGUGUUCAAUGUUUCUCACGAUCUGCAGCCACGUAAAUUUCUUUGUUUAAAAUUAACUUUAUGUGGAAAAUUCUAUUUACUCAGUUUUCUUCAAUUUUUAAAAACCAGUAAAAUAUUUCUUAUUGUUAAUUAGUAAAAAAAAAAGUCAGAUAAAUUUCAACGUUUAUAUACUUGCACAAUAAUCGCUCCUCAAGAUGGCAAUACCACCGCCGCCAGGACCACCACCACCACCUGGUCCACCGCCACCACCAGCGAUGGGCGGUUUAAAGUUAGGCGGAGCUGCAGGUGGAGACUCACGAUCAGCUUUAUUACAAUCAAUACAAAAAGGCACGAAACUAAAAAAGACUACAACCGUUGACAAAAGUGGUCCAGCUUUAGCAGGAAAGAUCUGUGAUUCGUCAUCAAAUGGAUCACCGAAACGCACUAAUCUUAACAAUAAUACAAGCAAUAGUAACAAUAAUAUUGGCAAUGGAGCACCCAAAUUAGGUGGAUUAUUUGAAGGACUCUCAUCUAUGCCAAAAUUGAAACCUGUCAAUGGCAGCCGGUCUACCACAGUUACGUCUUCCACGCGUUCCAAUGACACAAGUACAACGAAUAGUCGAAGUGGAAGUCCCCCCACUGCGAAUUCAACUCCAGCAACAACGAAAAAUGGUCCAAUGGACUUCAAUACUGAACUGACAAAACAUUUAACGCUUAAACGUCAAAAGCAACAACAACAGCAACAACCGAUCAAUGCAACAGAAGCGAAUUUAAGAACAAAUCGGGGACCACCACCGCAGCCACCAACAGCGCUACCCAAAAAUUUAUCAACGAGUACAUCGGAUUCAGUAUUAGAAAAAGCCAAAAGUACUGAAGCAACUAUUCGCGCCAGUGUGGUUACAGAAAAAAAUUCAAAAGCAUCGUCGCCUACUGCAUCUGAAAGUAGUAAUAGUAGUACAUUAAGCAACAAAGUCAUUGGAAAUUCUGGAUCAGUAAAAUCUAAAGCUGCCAAUUUGAAUUUAUCACUAGGAAAUAAUUCAAAUGUUGUAAAUAAUAAAAAUAGUCAAAUAAUAAAAACUGCAUCAACAAAUUCUCUGAAUUCGUCUGCAUCCAUAAAUUAUAAAACAAAUAAGAACAACCUUAUCAGCGAUUCUGCAAUAAGUAAAUCAUCUUAUUCUUCGUCUACAACAUCAUUAAUCGCAACAAAUACUUCAAUUCGAAAUUUAACUCCAAACAAAUCAUCGCUUUUCGGUAAUAAUGGUGGUGUUAGUAGUGAUAGUACAACACCGUCUCCACCAGUUAUGAAUAAAUCACCAACGCCUGGAAUUAAACCAAUGCCUAAUCAUGGUAAACCAAAUUUUGCACCCAAACCUCCAGGAUUACAACAGCUAGCCUUUGCUAAUGGGCAACGGCCAUUAGUCUCUCGUCAUCACAGUAUGAAAUCUCCAAGAUCACCGCCAAUAUCAAGCGCUGGUGGGCCAGUAUUUCCUACUCAACAGCAUUUUGGGACAUUGCGCACACCACAACAACUAUGUCAAUCACAGGACGCAAUCAACUCCAACAUACGCACAGCGCCAAAUCCACCAAUUGGUCGACCCACGGUUGCGCCACCGAAACCACCAACAGUUAAACCACCUCCGCCGCCAACACCAGCGCGUAGUAUUUCUAAUUCCAAUUUAAAUAGUUUAACGCACAAUGCAACAAAUUCUUCUGCAGCACCCUGUAGCGCUGUAAAUACUGCACUUGUAAACACUGUAACUGGUUCAUCAUCUACUCCUACAACAACACAGCCGCCAUCAAACUCAUCGUCCUCGAGUAGUGUAUCCACACUUCGUGAACAAUUUAAAAAUACACAAUCGGCACCAACAACACCGCCAGUAUCUGCAGCUUUAACAAAUAAAACUACCGGUAGUCCAGUUAGUAAAACUAAUAGUACUCGUGAUAAGAACGUAAAACCAAUUAUUCUAAAUGGUGGGCCAAUAAAUGCGCCACCAUUACCGCCACAUCGAACAUGUCCAGCGCCACCACCGCCACAGAGGCAAUCAAGUAAUACUGGCAGUGGAGCUCCACCUGUGCCACCACAGCGGCAUUCAUCUAUAAGAGCUAACGCUCCCAUAACACCACCAACAACUGCAAGCGCACCAUUAUUCGGCAAUAAUAUUGGCAACAACAUAUCGAAUGCGAAUUCCGUUAGUCGUUUAGUUGUCGAUUUAGAAGCGAAAUUCGGCAAACGUUUUCACAAUGUAACAGAAUUCCCAAAGCCGCCACCAUUUUUAAAUGUCCAAAAGAUAUAUCCUAGUCGAACUGUUAAAGCAACAAAUGCACCAAAUGAAAAUAAUAACAUCACGAACAACAACAACAUUAAUCCAGUAACAACAAAUCCAAUAACUGCACCAAAACCAUUGCAGCCCGCUUAUCAACCAUUUAAGAAGCAUAGAGCACCGGCACCACCACCCCAAGCAGGCGUGGCUGCAGCGACAGUAUCUGUGAUAAGGCAAUCGAGUUUUCUCUAUGGCGGCAACAAUAGCAUCGGCCAAGCACAAAGCCAAACACCAAAUGCAACUGAAGCACCAAGAAAUUAAGGAACUAAUAGACGUCUUCUAUACUUGCUAUAAGUUAUCAAUAAAAAAAUUAUAUUAAUUAUAUUAUUAUA